GUGGUGCAUGAUGAUGACGAUGACGGGAACGGAACCUCGUUGUUUGAUUUGCUAAAAGGCAACCCUCUACACGAGGUCAGUGGCUACUGGGUGUUUAACGAAUCAGACGUCUCCAAGUAUGAAGAUGUCGACCUCUCACGACUUUUUCAGCUUCCUGGAAUGAAAGGGAAUACUAUAGAGCAAGCGACACCAAAGCCGACACGGCCGACCACCAAGAGGCCUACGACCACGACACUUGCUCCCACCACGUCCGCUACUCAACUUCCAGUGUUCGACACGAACGUCAUCACCAAUGUGUCCGCCCCACUCGGUGGUACGGCUUAUCUGCACUGCAAGGUCCGCUAUCUUACUGCUCGCACGGUGUCAUGGGUGCGACGACGUGACUGGCACAUCCUCAGCUCGGGCUUGAUGACUUACACUAACGACGACCGAUUCACAGUGCUGCAUGCCGACAACUCCGAAGAUUGGCACCUGCAAAUAAAGUUCGUGCAAAAGAGGGAUAAUGGAACUUAUGAGUGUCAGGUGUCAACAGGUGUCGGAACCAUCUCCCACUACUACCACCUUCACGUUGUCACGCCAUAUGCUUACAUAGAAGGCAAUGGGGAGUAUCACAUCGGCGAGGGCAGUACUAUAAGCCUCGUCUGCAUUGUGGAAAAUAGCCCAUCACCACCUCAGUACGUGUUCUGGUACCACAACGACCGAAUGAUCAACUACGACACUGAGAGGGGUGGUGUGGAAGUGGGCACGGAAGUGAGAGGGGAGAACACUCAGAGCACGCUGACCGUGAACCACGCCACUUCUGCCGACUCUGGCAACUACACUUGCCGCGCACCCAACACUGCGCAGGAUACUAUCUACGUGUUUGUCUCCAAGGAGGGUGACAACACUGCGGCUAUACAGAGGCUGGAGACUUCAUCCUCUGGGAUGCACAGCGCCACGCUUCUGCUCUCCGCAUGUCUCAUAUUUCAUUGUGCCUUUCUCUGAUAGCUGUUCAAGAUCUAAUCCCCCGAUAACGUACAGGGAUAUAAUGUGAUGGAUGCAAUUAUGGCCUGAGACGUGUUUGCUAUGGAAUUGCCUGCCUUAAAACGUUACCAUUUACCGACAUAUUUGUGUUAAAAAUAAACUUAGCAGUAAAUAUUGCAAUAUAAAAAGUUCGUUUGAAUCUAAUUGGAAGUAAUUUACCUAAUAUUGUACAGUGCUGGGGCUCAGUCUGUAAAUAGUAUAGGUGUGUCUAUACACUCCUGUUUGUAUGUACACAAUUGUAAAUAUUCUUCGUAGAGAUUAAAUGAUGUUUAUUGUGAUGAUAAAUAAAUUUACUUAACGUUUUCAA